UCACCGUCUGAAAAUUCUGUGUACAGUUGAACAAGUACGAACGGAGCCUCCCCGCUUGGCCGAUAUGCAGAUACCCCAGUAGGACUCGUGGCGCCCCGUCUCCUCGGGGGUGAAAUCGUGUCGGUAACGUGGAGAAACUGGCGUCAGUCAAACCCCCAGAACUGAGCCUCUACUUUGGUCUAUCCUCUUUGGUUGGAAACGUCAAAAGGGAUUUAUCCGAGAAUGAACUUGAAAUAAUAGAAAACAGUGCAAGUGAGACAACAAAAUAUUUGUUGGAUAUAGUUGUGUUCUAAAGAGUCAAUAAUUGAAGAUAUUCAGUGAUCUAAUGAGAAAGCUGGUGUCUUACGAGGUGAAGUCACUUCGCGAGGUUAAUUUGACAGUUCGAUGUUCAUUAAGCAAUUGUUGUGAAUAAAUUAACGCAAUUUUUCACGAUAAAAUGGAUAAAUUAACGGUGAUAUCAGGAACAUUAUUUUUCGCUGCUGAUGUUUUUGCUGUUGCCAGUUUGUCAAUGCCCGAUUGGAUAAUAACAGAUGUUGGUGGUGACACGAGAUUAGGACUCAUGUGGUCGUGCAUGACCUUAUACAACAGGCCACCGAUAUGCUACACCCCUGAUCUACAGCCCGAGUGGUUGAUUGCCCUUGCCUGUAUAUUCGUAGGAUGUAUUUUAAUUACUGUUACGAUAAUCCUGUUGGCAUGUUCUCACUGGGACAGACAUGUCAUUCCUUAUGCGAGAUGGGUGGGUUUUACUGCAAUGGUUCUCUUCUGCCUGGCAGCGGUGAUAUUCCCAAUGGGUUUCCACGUUGACGAGAUUGGAGGACAGCCGUAUCAACUCCCCAACUCUCACCAAGUCGGCAUAUCUUACAUACUAUUCGUCCUCGCUCUGUGGAUAACAGUCAUAUCCGAGUUAUUCGCUGGGAAAGUGUGUUUACCCCAUUUCUAGCAGGACAUGGGCUGCCCGAAUUUCUUGCACGUCAUCACUAUCUUCACACCCUUUUGUGUUUUUUUGCUCCUGAAAAAAAUAAUUCUACUUUACUACUUGGAUGGAUCUUCUGAUUGGAUAGAGACUGACAACAGAGGGUCCUACUGGCAAUAUUAAGGGGGAAUUUUUGGAAAUAACGUGCCUCGAUGAGGUCAUUCUAUCUUACAUUAUCAUUUUUUUAAAAGUUUAGUGCAAACAACUGGGGUUUACUACAAAAACCUUCAGACGGGGUGCGGAUUAGGGUGAACGGGUCAAUUUCUAGACGGAGAUUGAUUCCUGGAAUAUUUCGACGUCCAUUGAAUACUCCUUAAAUAAUCAAAUGAAACUGGUACUGAUUAUUUGAGUUGGAUUUUUAAAAUAUUUUAUAAAUUAGAGAAUGUCGACUGUGACUCCUUAACGGAACGUUAUGCUCCCGUCAGGCUACGGUGCUUUUAAAUAUUGUCAGUUCUUGAAUUUUACAACAAAAUUUCAUGAGGAAAUUUUGAAAAUAAUUAUAUCUAGUCAGUAUUAUCUAAAUUAUAUUUCGCAAAAUAUUAAUAUUUUCUAAAGCGUUUCUCUCUUAUAAAAAAAUAAGAGGACUCAUUAGCAUAUUAAAUAUAUAAAUUAAAGGAACUUAUAAGAAAAUCAUAUUUUAAUUUUUUAUCAUAGCAUAAAAUCUGAUUUUCAAAUAAGACAUUGGAUUAAAUUCGCUUUUUUAAAAAUAUUUCUCUUCCCGAGACUCGGAUGCGUUGGAAGUUGGGAAGAAAUCACUAUUUUAAACGUAAAUGAGUUGAAAAAGAAAUUUUGUACUUUUCAAUAAUUCCUUAUUUACGGUAAGGACCCAGCUAGAGUCCAAUAGUUGCUGUAUUCAUCCUUUAUAUCUCUUUUUUAUGUUUCCUCAUGUACACAAACAUCCAGUCGAUGGUAUAUUUAAGUUUGUAUAUAUGUACAUUUAAUAUGAGAAUAAUCAUUAUUUAAUAUAAACAUAUUCUGACAUUCCAAAUUGAUAAAUUCAUAGAUUUAAUCUUCAACAUUAAUCUAUAAAUUCCCUUCAAACUACAAAGUACUUUGUCGAAAUGAUAUUAUAUAGAUUGUAUAUGGAUUAUUAUAUAUUAUUACAUUAUAUAGAAUUUGGUUUUCGAAUUCCCCCGAGAAGAAUUAGAAAAUUCACAAGGAGUUCCCGUGAAAAUUGUACUUCCAUAUUUAAUAGUUGAUACUAGUUGAAUAAUUAUAAUAAUUGAUGUUUUCGUAUGAAGCCACUGAUGGAAAAAAAUCAUAGAAAAACUCAGCUAAUUUCCUAAUCAAUUCCAUUUAAUUUCCAUCAAUAAUUAUACCGCAAAAAUCAAUGUUUUCAACAACUUUUUGCGUAAUGAGAAAUAUGUUUCCUGUUCUCUUUAUUUGGUGAAAAAAUUACCGCACAGAAGGAAAGUCUUGUCUUUCAUCAUUAUUGUUAGCAUUAGGCUACAAUAUAUAAACUAAAAAAUAUAUAGAUACCAUAUAACAUUCCUUGAUUGUAGAAAUAAAGACUUGAGAAAUUGUUACGUGGAAUUUUCCUAAGUGGAGCCUUCGAUCACCUUUGAACCAAUUCUAUGAAGAUAUUCACUACCGACAGAAAAUAUUCUGAUCAAAAAGAGAAACUUAUUCGAUUGUUUUAUACAAUUUAUUUUCUAAUAUUUUUUUUAUAAAAUUUCAUCAAUUUAACAUUUCUGUUCUCUGACAUAUUUAUUUCACGAAAAGAAAAGGGGAACAGCGGGAAAAAGUUGAAAUUCUAUAGAAAAUAUCUGAAGCAAACAAAUCAUACAGAAAAAAUCAAUUCUAUAGACUUUUUGUGUUUUAUUCCACGUUUUGUAAUUCCCGAUAAGAAGUUAUUGUUAUUACCUUUAUUAGUUCCUGGGAGAAUUCGAAAUAAGAAAUUCUAACUUAUAAAUUUUAUACCAAAUGUGAAUAUACCCAAUAUUAUUAAUCUAAUUACCAUUCUUGGACAUGUGAUUAGAUAAUUCAUGAAAUAAUACCGCCGAAAAUAUUGAAUAAUAGAGACAAAUUUAUAACAACAUCUGUGUAUGAAUUAUUCUUCUUCUUGACUCAUGGUGAUCCCUACAAACAAAAUAUUUGUUGAAUAUAGUUAUGUUGUAAAUUCUAAAGAGUCAAUAAUUGAAGAUAUUCAAUGAUCUAAUGAGAAAUCUCGUGUCUUACGAGGUGAAGUCACUACGUGCGGUUGAUUUG